AUGUCGCGCCAGGCUGCCAGUCAAGAGGCCCAACGAUCGAUGAAGGGGCUUUUUGACAGCAACCCAGCGAACAACGAAGGAAGGGGCGAGGAGCUGAGGACGUCCGAGGCCUGGCUGCAGGCGGAGGUGCGGCGCCUGCAGCACCUGCUGGAGGCCAAGGACAUAGAGACCCAGCAGCUCUGGUCGACUGUCAUUGAAUACGAGACGAUCACCAAGGACCACUACGACCUGCUCAACCGCCACCACCACCUGCUGCACGUGUCCCAACGCAGCCCCUUCCACAGCCUUCACUCCCUUUCCAACAGCACCGCGAGGCCCUACCAUCGGCCGCCGCUCCACGACCUGACGAGUCAAGGCCUGCGUGUGAGCGGCCUGAGUCAGGCACACGGCGCUGAGGUCGGCAAUCCCCCACAUCCAGCCACCCCAAGCAAAUCGAGCGUGACCAGCGCUGGAUCCGGCCUCGCGGCACAGGAUGGCACAGACGCAUCUGAUGUUUCGUCGCUCACAGGCAUUCUAGGCCGGUCGCAACACGCAGCGACAGGAGGUAUGCCAAUUGAUGGAAAAGAGAACGCUUUCCGACUCGGAUCACUCCAUUUGGACAAAGGCUCCACAACCCUCCCCACAAGCCACGGGCAGGACCCUUGGCAGGGUGAUGCUUGUGGUGGAAGACGGCGCAGCAGGAGGCCUCAACCAGCUGAUUCACUUGGUUUGCGACGGAUGCUGCAUCAAGAAAGUUCACCUUCGACACAGCACAAAGACGAACAGCUCGACUCUGUGCUACAGUCAUUCAGUCAAUUCCAUAUUUUGCCCUCCACCAAGAGCCUCCAAGAACCAGCAGAUGCACCCCCUACUCAUGACACAUCUGCAAACGGGAGUAGGGUCAAUGGAACCCCACCUGCCAAACUGACAACUCCGUCUGGCUUCCUUGGCCAGCCCAGUUGGGCAUCAGGGGAAAGGCAUUCGGCUUCAUCGACCAGGAGCGAUUGCCACCCUUUGGAAAGAAUCGCGUCCCCUGGCUUUAGAGAUUGCAGCACCUCAGCAGACGUUCCCAAAUCCAUGGAGAUGGAAGCAUGUUCCGAACGAUUGAAACUAGGCAUGAACGGCUCCAGGUGCCACAUGCGGAGCGUUGAUGGAUCACCAUCUUUGGCCCAGCUGGGCAGCUUUUGCUCCAGUCCAGGUCUGGCCGGGGCGCUACUCAGAUCUCCGUGGACCAUCCCCAUACGAGAGUCAAGUCCUGGGCUGAACACAGACAGGGCGGAGGAAGAGCUGGGCGCGAGGAGUGCAGGGGAGCUCCCUGUGUCCAUUGCCCCAGUGGGAGGCAAACUGCUGUCGAACUUUGAGGGCGACGGGAGGCCGGAGGAAGGCCUUCGGCGGCCCCUGGAGUGCCUCACAGAGGGGUCGCAUGCACCUUACUCAAGAGCUGCCCUUGAAACGGCUGCCUACCCUUUGACGACCCCCUCGUCAUCGAUUUCAGAAGCAUUCCCUCUCAACGGCAUGCUCUCAGCAAGCGACAGCCUCUUUCCACCCGCACUGUCAUCAGCUCAGCCCGGCGGCUUUCUCAGCAUCCCGCAGCUGGCAGCGACAAACCGAAGCAUCAUGCUCACCAUUCCCACUGCGUCACCAACGUCGCUAGAUGACCCUAUUAUGCGUAAUGAAGGCACACUUGGGUCGUCGAUAAAUCCACACCCCACGGAUCGACUCUCAUUGAACAAAUGCUCUAUGGGCAUUGAGCCUGAUCACAGCUUUACUUCCACCAGCAUCGCUGAGGGCCAGGCCAGAUUUCCUGACAUUGCUGGUGAGCCCUUUGGAAGCCAUUUCAACCCCAGUCCGACCCCGUCCGCCACGCCUGUCAAGAAUUUGUCGCAGCAUUUCGAUUUGAUGGCCAGUCAGGAAAAUGCGUCACUCCAAGGUCAGGAUUCAAGGAGCGAACACGGCUCGGAAUCUGGGCGCCCCACUUCAGUUGGUGGAGGAAUCGCAUUGAGGAGGAUGACGCAGCUUGGGGGGGGAUCCAGCGGUUGGGCACCCGGUCUGUCCAGCACACCUGAAGGGAGGGCGGCGUGCAGGGCUGGCGCUGAUACGCAGGGAGAGCCACUGGCAUUGAGCGCGGCAGCAGGGCAGUCUUCCGACUGGGCGGACGCGCCCACUUCGACACCAGCGACAACGGCAGCGGGCGGCGCGCAGGUGCAGAGAGAGAGCGCCCCCGCAGGUGGCUGGAACGCCACAUUGGCAAUGAUCAAGGAAAAGGCGUUUCAGCUGAGGCAAAUAACUCCCGUGUCGAGGAGGAAGCCAGCCCGAAGAAUCGGAGGUUCUUUUGGGUCCCGAUCCAGCCUGAAAAAGGCCAUCAGGGAGCGGAGGAGGGUGAUGAUCGGCUCGGAUGACGCAGGCGAGGGCGAGCUGUGA